UGUACAGCGACUAGUGCUGGAAAUCUCAGACUCGGAGAGCCAAGCCAUAUGCAUAGACAGCCACACUCCUCGGCGAACGUUUCUGGAUCUCGUCUAUAAUUGGCUCCGCUACUUAUGUCAAGUCGCCGGCGGACAACUCCGGACGGGUGACAGGUCCAUGGACUCAAUAUCCCAGCGUACUUCCCACGAGCUAGCCCGCGCCUCCCAGCGCUGACGUGUGACGUCAGUCCCCUGUUUCUGGCAUGUUCUGGCGAGAUCUAUAACCGGAGAGCAUACUGAAGCACAUCCCUUUGCCUUCUAGUUUCAAAUCGCAGAGACACAUAUACUGAACAACCGCCUCAGGGCAACUCUGAACAAAACACAGUCUUGCUGACAGCCACCUAGCUCAACAUGGGUACAGACUACUACAAACUAUUGGGCAUCAGCCGCGACGCCAGUGAAGAUGAGAUCAAGAGGGCGUACAAGAAAAUGGCUCUUAAAUGGCAUCCUGACCGUAACAGUGGAUCAGAAGAGGCCUCAAAGAAGUUCAAGGAGAUCUCCGAGGCAUUUGAAGUGCUCAGCGAUAAACAGAAGCGGGGUAUAUAUGACCAAUUUGGAGAGGAGGGCCUUAAAGGCGGAGGCGGUGGCCCAUCACCAGGUGCUGGGGGCGGUUUCCAGAGCUUUGGUGGUUUCCCCGGCGGCGGUGGAGGCUCAACCUUUACCUUUACAAGCGGAGGUCCAGGGGGAGGAUUCGCACCAACGGAUCCGCAGAAGAUCUUUGAGACAAUGUUUGGAGGUGGUCUCGGAAGUAUGUUUGGAGGCAUGGGUGGCAUGGGUGGCAUGGGUGGAGGCAUGGGCGGAACGGGCGGAGGCAUGGGCGGAAUGGGUGGAGGCAUGGGCGGUCGCGGAAUGUACACCGACGAUGACGAUGGGUCUGGCUUUUUCGGUGGUAUGCCAGGCGGUAUGCCAGGCGGCACGCCCCGCCGUCCAGGUCCUGGGUCUCGAGGACAUUCACGUCGCGCAUCGGGAAGCAGCGGUAGCCCACAGUCCAACGAAAUCACGCGACCGCUCAAGCUUUCCUUGGAGGACCUCUACUGUGGCGCGACGAAGCACCUCAAGAUCGGCCGCAAGUUGCUGACUGGCGGCACGGAAGACAAGGUGCUCGAGAUCCAAGUGCUUCCAGGCUGGAAAAGUGGUACCAAGAUUCGCUUCCCGCGGGCAGGAAACGAGCAACCAACCGGCGAGGCGCAGGACCUGGUCUUCGUCGUAGAGGAGAAGGAGCACCCCGUUUUCACCCGUCAAGGGGACGACCUCGUAUGUCGGCUGAAGAUCCCAUUAGUGGACGCGCUGGCGCCUUCUGGCGGGAAACAGCAGGUGAACGCUCUUGACGGACGUAAAAUCCAGGUCACUGUCCCAUCACUUGGUGUCAUCAAGCCAGGCCAAGAAACGAAGAUUCCUGGCGAGGGCAUGCCCAUCCGCAAACAGGGAAGUCCAAAGAAGAAGGGAGAUCUGAUUGUAAAGUGGGACGUUGUGUUCCCAGAACGUCUUACUGCUUCGCAGAAAGAGGAGAUAAGAAAGGUGCUUGGUUGAGGAGUGGGUCAUAUUAGUAUCACAUUGUACAUCACCGCAUCAUGCAUAUAUGAAGGACUCUUAGCUUUACAAUACAAUCUCUGUUUUUGCUAGAAUACUUAUCGGUACAAUACCAAGCAAUUA